AUGAUAUCCAUGUUAUCAUGGGCCGGCUUGGACUAUGAUGAAGGUAAACUUGUGAAAAUUGUGACUGUCAUCCUCCAGACCAAGUUGUUCACUUCUCUUUUUCGUCAAGGACCUGGAAAGAAUACUCACUAUGGUUCCUCUUAUCAAUCUGAGAGGACAGAGAUAUACAAAGACCAUGUCAACAAACUUCUCAAAGAGGGGAACGCGUAUCGAUGCUUUUGUACCCCCGAAAGACUUCAGAGAGUUAGGGCGCUUGCUCAGAAAGCUGGAAAAGGCGUUGCAUACGAUCGCCAUUGCCUGUAUCUGAGUCAAGGUGAAAUUGAUGAAAACCUAUCGCAGGGCACCCCAUUUACUAUUCGUCUAAAGACACCGGAUGGCAUUAUCACCGUAAAGGACUUGAUUUAUGGCAAUGUAGAAUUUAAUGAAAAGUACAUUGAUGAUGCGAUUCUUAUGAAAAGCGAUGGAUACCCAACAUAUCAUUUAGCAAACGUCAUUGAUGACCACUUGAUGGGCAUCACUCAUGUGUUGCGUGGCGAGGAAUGGCUUCCUUCCACUCCAAAACAUAUUUUGCUUUACAGAACUUUGGGCUGGAAUGUGCCAGAAUUCGCUCACCUUCCAUUAUUGUUGAACCCGGACAAGUCGAAAUUAUCAAAGCGAUCGGGAGAUGUCAAAGUUGAGGAUUUCAUGGUUGGGUUCAUAAGACAAAAGGGUUAUUUACCGGAAGCUUUGAUAAAUUUUGUCUCUUUAUUAGGAUGGAGUCCACCUGACUCCGGGAGCGAUAUUUUUACAUUGGAUGAAUUGAUAUCUGAGAACAUAAAUGAUAUCCCAGAAUUUUGUGAAUAUUUCUUUGUCGACCCUGAUUAUCAGUCAUCGGAAUCGACGGAAGCCCGAUCAAAGAUCUCAAAUGAUUCAUUGAUGGCUACGAUUACAUUGGAACAGAUCAAGGCUAUUGGUGAAAAGGAGUUCGAGGAGAGCAAAAUUAAAGAGGCCAUUCAAAAUAUUGCCACAGGCUCGGGAAUUAAACGAUCUCAGGUGAUGACGAUUCUAAGAUAUAUUUUUACUGGAAUUAAGGUUGGAGCGGGAAUAACAGGUACAAUUCAAGUAAUCGGAAAGAAAACGUCCUUACGUCGUAUUAGCAAGGUUUUGGAAUCCUUGAACGUUAAAGCUUGA